CAAUAGAAGACACUAUACAAAGACCUCAACAUGAUGAACGUCACUGGAGCGGAAAAAGAGGAAAUAAACACUCCCAAUGCUUCGUAUCCAGACCUUGAAAGGAGACUGGAGCAGUACAUUGGAAGACUUUUCCAUACAAAAUAUAUUUGGACUGAAAAUAUAUGUGAUCCUGCUGCUGUGGAAUUCUUCGGUGUGAUGAGCCUAACCGAUGUACGCUCUCCCCGGCGUAAGCUCUGGUAUAUGUAUUAUAGCACCAGCGAUCAGGUUGACAUUACGGUGGACCGCAUCCACCGCAAAUAUGGCCAGAAAAAUAUGUACGAUCUGUUUCGAAAGCCCAUCUUCAGUGGUGCCGGUCUGCGAUCCCGGGUAAAGAAUCACUUUGCAGCCCUGAAGUGGUACGUAAAAGGGAAUAUAUUGGAGGCCCCGCCAGAUACCUUAUACAAUGACGAAAAAGUGAUAAACACUAUUACAGACUUGUAUUAUGCCGAACGGCGAAGGUAUUAUGAUUUUAUAAUGGGCCAAAAUGUUUAUUAUAACAGCUGGGGGGUUGCACCGCCGUCUACUUAAUAAAAUCAUAUUUAAUUUAAUAAAUACACUU